AUGAGGGACCAAAACCUAAUCCAAAGUGAGCAGAUGCGUGACAUAUUCCAGGGUAAUUGGAACAACCACAAUUCCAACCGCAACACUAAUGAUGGCAGCCAACGACCAGUCUAUAAGCAGUUCAUGGGCUUCAAACCAACAGACUUUAGAGGAAGAAUGGACCCAUUUGAGGCUGAAGAAUGGAUGCAAUCUAUGGAGACUAUCUUUACGUUCAUACAGUGCAUCAAAUCAGACCAAGUUAGGUGCGCUUCCUUUAUGUUUAAAAACGAUGUUAGGAUCUGGUGGCAAGGCGCCAAGGCCACUCUCGACCUUAAUGCAGCAACUUGGGAAGAGUUCAAAACCGUUUUUUAUGGAAAAUAUUUCACCUUAAGCACCAGGAAUAAGCUGGCUAGGGAGUUCCUGGAAAUCCGCCAAGGGGAUGCUAGUGUUGCCGAUUAUGUGAAGAAGUUCGAGCGAGGCAAGUAUUUUGCACCCAUGAUAGUUGGAAACGCUGCCUUGGAGCUGAACCAUUUCUUGGAGGGGCUGAACGCAACAAUCCGACGCGAUGUCGAUUAA